AUGGCAAAUACUUCGCAGGAAAUGUUCAAUAUUUGUCGCUUCUGUUUGUGCCAGGACGAAGCAUAUUUAAUUCCUUUAACAAGUUUGUCAGAAUUUGCAAUCACCAUGCAAGAUUUAGUGCUUUUUAGCGGUAUACAGAUAAAUGCGGACCAAACAGGGACAUACGCAAUGUGUCUGGAAUGUACAAACAAAUUGAAAAUUUCUGCCACCUUCCGGAAUACCUGCCUAAGUAAUGACGCUCUUUUUCAAGAGCUAUGCGCCGUCUUGGCUGCCAGUGCUGAAUCAACGCGGGAUGAGACUGUUGAAUAUUUAGAAAGUGAUGAUAUUGUUGCGGACACGGAUUGUUUGGACAGAUUCGAUGAUGAAUCUAUGGAAUAUUAUUCCGACAAAUGGAGUCCAAAGAGUAACCAGGAAGUCUUGUACGAGGAAGAGUACAUACAAGAAUAUCUGCAAGACACAAUUCCAAACGUUAGUGAAGAGCUCGUGGCCGAGGAUGACUUUUCAUACUCCGCUAACUAUAUCGAACUCGGUGAAUCAUUGCCGGGUGAUGACGAAUCCGGAACAGAUAAUUUUGGUCGGCCAUUUUACGAUAAUAUAGCCAAGAGGUCACACUUUGUUAAACGCAAGGGAGAUAUUCCGCUGCCUGCUAUAAUGCACGGUGAUGCUCCCAAUCCGAUCAAAACAGAUUACGACUGGUUUGAAAAAGAUCGUCCAACUGGCAAACGCAAACAACAUCUUUGUGACACGUGCGGUUUAUUGACGAAUCAUCUGAAAAGUCACACAGUAAACCAUCUGAAGGAUUUCGGCGAAACAUGUCCCCAUUGCUCGAAAAAAUUCAAACAUAAAACCAACUUAGUAUCGCACAUCAAAACUGUACAUUUGAAGAUGAUAGGGAAAACAUGUUCCAUCUGUGGGAAAGGCUUUAUCCACCAUAAAACCUACAAAUAUCAUAUGCUUACCCAUCAAAGUGAGGGGAAAAGAUUCGAAUGCAAGGCAUGUUCCAAAACGUUCGUGAACGCUGUUUACUUGAGAGACCAUUUCAAUAGACUGCAUAACAUUGCACGGAAGAACUGA